UGAUCCGUCACGUGGUCUGGUGUCGUGGGUCACCCUUUUUGCAAAAUGGAGUUGUCUGAGUCUGUGCAGAGAGGGCUGCAGGCUCUCGCCGACGCGUCCUCCUUCGACCAGAGCAGCUUCCAGGCGCUGAUCGACGCGUCUCACCGGAGCCUGCUGUCCUCUCACGGAGACCCGGCGGUGCUCGAUCAUCCCGAGCUGAAGCAGAUCGACCAGAUCCUGCUGAAGCAGGUUCACACUGCAGCCACCACCUUCAUACUGGAGGCGGUCAAACAAAACGCAGACAAGUCGACGAUAAGCUCCAGCCUGGAAGAGCUCACAUUCAGUGCAGAGAAGAUAGAGAUAUUCUACAGCAUAUAUCAGGUACAUUUCAAGCCAUGUUGCAGUGAAUCUUUUAGCAACUUGUCUAAAACUUAUCGAUGCUUUUUUGUUUUGCAGAAACAUAAAAAAGAACUGGAACAUCUAUUAACAAGCAUAGGAAGGCGUCCAGCUCAGAUAAACGACAUUUCAUGGCGUCUCCAAUACCACAUGAAGAACGGACAGGUCGAUAAGGUCAACGAGCCUUUCUAUUCGAUAUCACUGAACAGCGAGAAAGACGGAUGCUCGGAAGAUAUCAACUUCACCUGCACAAUGGAGCAGCUGCAGGAUUUGGUGGGGAAGUUGAAAGACGCUGCCAAGAGUGUAGAGAAAGCCACAACGGGAUCACGUGACCAAAGCGGGGCGGUCGAACUACAAGCCAUUUUGGGGACGGUGUCAGUUUCCACGGAGCACACACACACUGCUGCAUUUUACUGGGGGCGAAGCGGAUAUUUUGGAGGCAAAGUUAUCGGUGCCGAAGUGGGAGCCCGACCGAGCCGAAGCCGAAGGUGUUGGGCUGUUCCGGAGCCGCGGAUCGGAUACGCACGCAGCGCGCAAGCGGCGAGGAAACGCGGAGUUUUAUUCGCACAUCUGAAAUGCGCUCCGGUCCGCCGUGCGCUCUCCGCCACUGACAGCGUCUGCAGCCUGCUUCAAGAUGGCGGCUCGGCUCCUAUUCAUUUUCUGCUGAUCGCCUCCCAACUUUCAUUGUCUAACCGCCUCAAGACCCACCGAUCCCCAGCCGAGCCUCCAGGAUUGUUGUUUCGUUCCCUCAACAUGCAUCGGACGACCAGGAUAAAGAUCACCGAGCUCAACCCUCACCUCAUGUGCGUCCUGUGCGGAGGGUACUUCAUAGACGCAACCACCAUCAUCGAAUGUCUCCAUUCAUUUUGCAAGAUGUGCAUUGUGCGUUAUCUGGAAACCAGCAAAUACUGUCCCAUCUGUGAUGUACAAGUGCAUAAAACCAAGCCACUGCUCAACAUUAGGUCUGACAAAACUCUACAGGACAUCGUGUACAAGCUGGUCCCUGGCCUCUUCAAAAAUGAAAUGAAGAGGAGGAGAGACUUCUAUGCGGAGCACCCUGUAGAUGCCUCGAACGGAUCAAAUGAGGAUCGCGGCGAGGUGGCGGACGAAGACAAGAGAAUAAUUACAGAUGAUGAGAUCAUCAGCCUCUCUAUUGAAUUCUUUGAUCAGAGCAGACUGGGAGUAGCAGUGGAGGACAAGCAGUCGAAAGAUCAGGUGGCUAACAAGAGGUACCUACAGUGUCCAGCAGCCAUGACAGUCAUGCAUCUGAGGAAGUUUCUGCGCAGCAAAAUGGACAUCCCCAACACCUACCAGGUUGAAGUCAUGUAUGAAGAUGAACCUCUCAAAGAUUACUACACGUUAAUGGAUAUAGCUUAUAUCUACACUUGGAGAAGGAACGGUCCGUUGCCGCUGAAGUACCGGGUCCGACCCAACUGUAAGAAGAUGAAGGUGAGCCACGCACAGCAGGAGGGCCAGAACAGCGCCAGCCGGUCCGGUCCGGAGAGCGACUCCGCCAGCGACAAAGCCGGAAGUCCCGCCGGGGCUCCGUCUACGUCGUCGUCGCUGCCGAGCCCCGGUACGCCUGCGCAGUCGCCUCAUCCGCAGCUGCCGCACGUCCCCGGCAGCAACAACAACAACAACAACAGCACCACCACCGUGAACGGGACUCCCGCAGCCGCCACAACAACCCCGACACCCGGCCGGCCCUUCACCCAGUUCGGAGCCGGAAAACCCCGCAAGGUCUCUCUGAACGGCUCGUCCACCUCCUCCGGAUGACGCGGGGCCUCGAACCGGAGCCGCCAACGCCAGACACCCGCUCAGCUAAUACUGUUUUCAUGCCAACGUAGUUCCAUUGUGUAGACAAAAUGUUCUCUCUCUUUCUCUCUCCAUUUGUUGUUAUAAAUAUUACGCCAUCGUUUGUAAGUUUAAACGUAGUGGAAUCAGAGACAUUUCAAAAGGAACGACGAGGAGGAGGAAGCUUUGGUGGGAUGUUUUUUUUUUAAAGAAGAAAGACGUUGACGGGAAAAAAACAAGAAAGUUGGAAAAAGGACACACAUAUAUCCCCCUUUUAAGGCUUACAUCUUUAUUUUACAGAAAUGACUGAAGGAGACUUUUAUGUUUCUACAAAUUAAACGUGUUUCUCAUGAUUCUCUCAUGUGUGUUGGGAUAUUUUGCAGUUUGCAUGCUCGCCUUUUUUCUCUUCUGAAAGAGGGUCCGGCGCCAACAGAAGUGUCAUUUUGACCAUUUUAUUUUAUUUUUUUAAAAAAUUUUGUUCCUGGCAUGGAAAAUUGGGGAGGAAAAAGAAGAGUUUGUAUAGCGCUGUUGACUUCACAGGAAAAACCUAUGGAGGAUUUCAAAAAAAGAGAAAAAAAAAACAAAUUUACUGGAAAAAGAAACCAACUUUCUUGUAGCUGGCGGAGUGGGAUCGUUCAUCCUCCACGUGUUUAUGCGCCGUUUUAGAGAAUCCGCGUGUAAAUAGAAACCAAAUGCAUAUUUAAUCAGCGAUGAUGUUAUUCUCUUAUUCCCAUUUUUGUUCCGAGGGAAUGACUCCUGUUCGGCUUCAUUUCAUGCUCAAUGACAGAUGUUUUGAUGUCUCUGUUUUCCGUAUUUGUAUCGCUCGAUUGUAUGGACAAACUUAUUGUAUUGUUACUGUUGCACAGUAUAAAACAUCUAAAUAAAAAACAUUUUACACUUAA